CCAACCAUAGUGUGUUUAGUGUUAUCGCUGAGUUCAAUAGCGGUGUGUUUUCUCAUGACUUUCAAAACGCAUCGGCUGGAUAGCAGGCUGCGCGAGCUGGAGAUGAAGAUGACUGACAUCUGUCAAGAAUCAGCCAAGGACGUCUCUGUUCCACUGGAACUGCGGGAAUCCAUUGAAGCACUCUUACAAGAGAGGCUGAAUGAAGCGAUGCCGAAGUUGCGUGUGGUGAGAGACGUGACACAAGACUGCAACUGUCCUCCAGGUCCUCCUGGGAAACGUGGACGGAUGGGCAGAAGAGGAGACCCUGGACCCCCAGGCAAACCUGGGCGAGACGGUUACCCGGGUCCACUUGGUCUGGAUGGCAAACCCGGUAUCCCUGGACCUAAAGGAAGCCAGGGGUUGCCAGGACCAAAAGGAGAUAAGGGUGAUCAAGGAGAUACAGGGCCAAGGGGUCAUGGCACUCAUGCAGGCCUGCAUAGUAAUCAGAUUCUCAUUAAGGUUGGUCUCUUCUCUGCUGCCAUAGCCUUCAUCUCCAAGCCGCUCCAUGUCCGGGAAGGCCGUCUCCCUUCAUGGCCCCUGAGAUCUUGCUCAGUUUCCUCACUAUCCCUCAAUCUGAAGUUUUCAAUGCUCUUAUUGUUUCUCCUUUGUCUUUUCCUCCUCCAUCUGUUUUUCCGGGGAUUUCCUGUCUCUUUGUAUUGGGGACUCAAAUGCACAGAUGGUCUUUCCUCGUUACGAUCACAGCUACAUCUCGGCCGAUCAGCCCAGUUUCCAGAGGCGUAUGCUGAAG